CCAAAAAAUCCUAUAUAUGAACCUUAUAUCCGUACAGUUUUCAAUAAAACAUUGAUUCUUCGUGCCAUAGCAGACCGAAGCUAUUUUGAUGAACAAAACAGAAUAAAACGUUCGCCCCACUUAUAUUGUUUCAAUGGUUCAUUAAUAUGUCAUGGCAUAAUUAGUCAAUUAGAUGAUGCUGAUCAUUGUAUUGGAUUUAAUGAAUUGAAAAACUAUGCGCAUCCACCAUUUUAUUUUCUCUUUUGCAAUAACAGCAACACUAUACAUCAACAAACUAUUCAAGAAUUACAACCAUCGUACAAUACAAAUCUGACUUACAGAUGUAUUAUCACAAAUGAAAUAAUCUCUAUAAGCGAUGUUAAUAAUGGUUAUUUUGAUUGUCUUUUCAAAGAUGAUGAAAUGAAUAUAAAUUAUAUUCCAUCUAAAAAUCAAAAAUAUCGUUAUCGAUGUGUAUCAUCAAUAAAUACAAUACAAUACAUUAGUUAUCAACAACUGGGUGAUGGAAAAUCUGAUUGUUUUGAUGGUUCUGAUGAAUAUACAUCUAUUAGAAAUUGGGAAGAUUUACAAUGUAAUUCGAAAGAAGAUUAUGCUUGUAAAGUGUUUCAAAAUCAGAAGAUUGUAGAAAAUAUUGAAGUUUCAUAUAAUCAAUAUUGUGAUUCAUUUUCAAAUACAAUAGUCAGUAAUGAUGAAAGAAAUUGUCGUGAAUGGAUAUGUCCAAUAGAUCGUAUUCGUUGUAACACUACAGGACAAUGUAUUUAUCCAGAAUGGUUAUGUGAUAAUGAAUUUGAUUGUUAUGAUGGUAGUGAUGAAUUAAAUUGUUUGCGUAACGUUAAUCAUAAAUGGAAAUUAGAAUAUGUUUGUAAUAAUACAAGUGAACAUUUUUGUUUAACAAAACAAUAUAUUCAAAAUCAAUCAUUUUAUCGACCAUGUAUUAGCUAUGUGUUAGCAGGUGAUGGUAUUAUUAAUUGUAUAGGAGGUAAAGAUGAGCGUAAUACAUUGUUAUGCAAUGAUGGUUUAACAUUAGGUGAUCGUUUUCGAUGUGAAGAUAACUCUUGUAUACUUGCUGAUUUCGUUUGUAAUGGAUUUGAAGAUUGUCAAGAUGGAUUUGAUGAAAAAAUAGCUUCGGUCUGCUAUGGCACGAAGAAUCAAUGUUUUAUUGUAAACUGUACGGAUAUAAGGUUCAUAUAUAGGAUUUUUUGGAAAGUAUAUCAAUUCAUCUUUGCAAUAGGUUUCAAAGUUCUUGAUUCUGUUCUGCAUUGA